AUGCAAGAAAAUAUGAAAUGGUAUAUACAAGGGUUGGUGUUUGGAUACCUCAGUGCCCCCCAAAGAACUGGGAGGCUAGGUCGUGGUCUGGAGAUGGUAGACGGCCAUCAGGAGCGCUCCACUCGACUGGGUUCGGCUCACUCGAUCGAGCUUGCGGCUCCUCCUCUUCUUCUUCUUCAUCUUCAAAGUGGGUGUGGCUUCCUUGGCCUUGGAGGAGUUGCGCUUGCUCGAAGCGGUUGUAGGGAGUCCAGAGAGUCUGGGAGAAGUCCUGGUACUGGUUGA